AUGCCUCAAAGUGCAAUUUCCAAAUGUACUGGUGGUGAUUCUCAUUCUACUUUGCCUGCUUGUUUACCUAUGUCUGAUUUCUCUUGGGGUUAUACCGUUGCUGCCUAUCCAAUUGGUGGUGUAGUGGGAUCUUUUGUUUCUAUGUAUAGCAACGUAUGGCUUGGUCGUCGUCACAAUAUUAUGCUUACUUGUAUUUUAUUCAUCAUUGGCAAUAUUAUUUCUGCAGUCUCCAUCAAUGUUCCUAUGUAUUCUAUUGGUCGUGCCAUUGUUGGUAUUGCUGCUGGUAUGUGUGGUUCAUCCGUGUCCAUUUAUGUUUCAGAAAUUUCUACCAACAAGGCUCGUGGUGCUCUUGGAAGUUUGUUCGAACUCUUUUUGAAUGCUGGUGUGCUUUUCACUCAACUCUGUGGUCUAUAUAUGAGUUAUGAUCCUCUCUGGCGUUUCUUAUGGGGUAUCUCUGCCAUUCUUGCCGCUAUCCAAAUGCUGUGUUUAUUCUUAUUCACUGUUGAAUGUCCCCGUCGACUUUGUGCCAACAAGGAAUAUGAUCGUGCUGCUGCUGCUCUUCAAAAACUUCGUGCUGGAGCUGAUGUAGAAGAGGAAUUCGCCAUGCUACUUGCUGCUCGUCAACGUGAAGUUGAAAGUGCCAUUCCUACUACCACUAUUUGGGAUAUUGUUACUUUCAAAAACUUACAUAUUACCUGGCGUACUAUUAUUAUCAUGGUUAUUCAAGCUUACAACCAAGCUGGUGGUAUUGGUCCUAUGUCUGUCUAUUCUGUUGGCUUCUUUACCGAAAUUUUCAAUGGUGAUACCCAUAUGGCUACUUCUCUCUCUUUGGCCGAUGGUGCUGUCAAUACCGCUGCUACAUUGGUUUCUGUUAUGUUUGUUCACAAGUUGGGACGUAAGAACUUGAUGAUGGCUUCUUUGUUAGGUUGUACUCUUGGUUGUAUUCUUAUGGUGGUUGGUGCUCAUAAUACUUCUUUGGGUGGUAUCAUUAUCGCUGCCGCUAUUAUCUAUAUUGGUUUUUAUUCCCUUGGUUGUGGUGUCAUUCCUUGGUUCAUUGCUCCCGAAUUAGUACCCAUGCAUGCUUUGGCAUCUGCUUCUGCACUUGGUAGUUCUUGCAACUGGUUGAUGAACUUUGUUAUCAAUAUCUUGUGGCCAUAUAUAUCCGCCAACUUGGGUCAAAAUGCCUUCUGUGUCUUCAUUGCCAUCAAUUUCGUUGGUUUCUUAUUCGUUGUUUUCUUUAUGCCUGAAACUACUGGUAAAGAUUUGGAUGAUUCUGAUGAAAAGAGUCCUGGUGCUGAACAUCAUGCUGAAUCUGGUACCUCCUCAAGUCACGCAACUGAUGAAAAGGAAGAAAAGAGAGAAGUCGAAUACCUGGAAAAAUAA